AUGCCGACGCUUAAAAUCUUGUGGCUGGAGAAACAAGAUAUGCGCCGUGUGCAGCUAGCUGCUGUACACCAGGCACUCAAGUCAAACGGUUAUCGUAGUGUUGGUCACGAGGAUAAGCUGAGUUUUGAGGAUCUACGCAACUUUGUGUUGUUGGUCUUCCCAGAGCUCAAGGACACAGACCUUAUGCUAUACUACAUGGACGACGAUGAUGAGCAGGUGCGUAUUACGAAUGAUGCCGAGCUAGAUGAAGCAUUUCGGCUUAUGCGUGAGCUAGCCGUCGCUGCUGGCAAAGACGCAAACAGCGCCGUCUGCAAGAUUAUUGCAGUGUCCAGAACAGUCUCAACCAGCACGAAUUUGCCUAUGGAUACCAGCAGCAACUCUAAGGUCAACAUAUUACCUUCCGAUGCCAAUGAGAUGCUGGGAAGCAAGCAAAAGCGGAAAAUGUCCGACUUAUUUGUGGACCUUGGAAAGGUCGUGGACAAGUGGGCUGCCACCGCAGAGCACCAGAUGCUUAAAAAGGAUAUAGUGUCAUUAUUGCACGAGCCCGGCUGCCAAGAAGCGAUUAUGGAAAUUAUGGCAAACCCUAAAUUUGCUAUUUUGUUUCAAAUUGUGACGGAAAAGUUCCAGAAGAAUGGAAAUUUUGUCGAAUGCCUUGUGGCUGCAGCUGGCACGGAGGACUUGGAGGAAGUUGCAAAAAUAUUACUGGCCAAAUGUCCUAAUGCACGUGUACAGGUGGAGCGUGUACUGCAACAAGUACAAUAUAGUCACAAUGUGCAGCUCAUGUCAACAAGUGACUAUUUUGAGAACAUUAAUAUUGAGGAGACGAAACAGGACUUGGGGCCUGUUGUGGCGGUAUUUGAGGGAGAUGUCACCUGUCCAGAUGGUACCGUUCUGACGCCUGGUGAGGCUUUCGACAAGGUUUGGAAACUUCGUAAUGGUGGCCCAAGUAAGUGGCCGAUCGGAGCGGUACUUUCGUGUGUUGGCGGUGACAAGAUGCAGGCUCCAGAGAGUGUAUUGAUCCCUUCUGUGCUUCCUGGUAAGUCGAUUGAUGUCUCGUUGCGCAUGGUCGCACCGAUGAAAGCAGGACGGUACACGGGGUAUUGGAGAUUGAGUACACCUGAUGGUAACCGCUUUGGACAGCGUCUGUGGGUGGACAUCAAUGUGAUGGAGCCGGAAGAGCCCGCUACCUCGGCCGUGGACACUAAAGAGGUUCAUUUCGAAGCUUCAGAUGCAGUAGGCUCAAAUGAAUCAGCUAAUGCGCCAGCACAGACUACAGUGAAUGUGUCUCAUGAAAAUAUCGAUAAAUGGGCCAACGAGCAGUUGGUCUUGGCAGACAUGGGAUUUACGGACAAGACACGCAAUUUAGCUCUGCUGACACUGCAUGAUGGCGACAUGGACGCUGUGAUUACAGGGCUACUAAGCUCUGCUUAA